AAACAAAAAGACGAUGGAACAAAUUUGCCGCGCUUGCAGAGAGAGCACGGCUCCACUUGUGGAUAUAUUCGCCGAUCUAUACCAACAGAAGAAGGAUGAACCCAGCCUGGCCGAGAUGCUCAGCGAGUUGGCAGCCUGCGAAGUGAGACGCGACGAUCCGCUGCCACAGCAAAUGUGCCUGCCCUGCGUUCUUGCUGCCCAAAAUGCCUUCAGAUUCAAGCGAAAGUGCGAACAAAGCCAUCGGCAUUUUUGGGAUCUACUGAGUGGCAAUGUUAAACCAGAGGAGAACCUUCCCGCACUUCCGGACAACUGUACACCUGCAAAUGAUGCGCUGGAGUCACGAAUCACAGCUGAAUCCAUACCUUGUCCCGAUGACAAUUCACACAAUUGCCAGACUUGCGGCAAAGGAUUCGACACUAAACGGAAACUCGUCCUGCACCAGAGUUUCCAUGAUCGCACAAACUCCGGAGAGCGAACGUACAAGUGUACGUUUUGUGAAAAGAAUUUUAAUGGCAAUUGGUGGCUGCAAAGACAUCUUCGCACCCACACGGAAGAACGACCGUAUAAGUGCUCUCAUUGUGAAAAGGCAUUUAAAGACAGUUGGAGUCUGCGUAGACAUAUGCGUACCCAUCUUGGCGAGUUCAGCUUCAAAUGUACUUACUGUCCCAAGACCUUCUCCAAUGCAAAUAGGCAAAGGAUUCAUACCUGCACUCACACCGGUGAUUAUCCAUACAAGUGCAGUCUGUGUCCAUCAUCAUACACACACUCGGGCAGUCUUAAAAGACACAUGCGUGUCCAUGCGGACGAAGGAUCCACCUGAAGGUGCUUGCCGUAUAGUUUUUAAAGGCAUAUCCUAUAGGAAAAAUAAAAAUGAGCUGGCCAAGGUGACCAAGGUUAUUAAGGAAGCACCUUUAACAAGCCCGAUUAAAUUUGUAAACGAAUUAAAGGUGUGGUUAAAAUUACUCACAGCAACGGCAUAUACAUAAUACCUUUCAAAGGGAAUUUAUUUUAAUUCAUAUUGAUUUUAUAUUAUAGAAAACAAUAAUAUAAUCUACUAUUAUUUAUAAAAAUCUUCUGAUUGCCAAGUUGUCUUUCAUUGCUAAGUACUGUAUUCCCUACACACAACUAAUUGAAAACAAAAAAAAAACAACAUAUUGUAUUUAUAAUUGCAAUUAAACUGUGUUUCCGUUUAUAAAGUUGGUCAACUUGACAAAGAUUUAGAAUAACAGAAUUUAGAUUAAAAGAAAU